CCCUACCAAUACGUUUCUCGAUAUUCACUUCUAUACGUGACCUCCCUAUCUCACUGGUAUAGGUCGACCCUUGACUCUUGAGCUCUUUGCAGUAUCCCGAGUCGGGAUCUGAACACUCACUCGCGGCAUGUCUCCCGUGCCGUGACAAGUAUUUUACUUCCGAUGCCGAUAGAGGUUCCGAAAGAGCGAAGAGCGUAAAUCACAACAGAUCAACAGAUCCAAGUAGAAUCUAUUCGUUUCAUCUCAUCAAAUCAAAACAAAUCGCUGCGCUCAGGAUGGGUAUAAGAAGCCAGCCGAAUCCGUUCGCCCAUGCCUCGAAUCCCCGUUUCCCUCGCUCAACAACAUCCUCAACCAAUUCCACUACGCAAUAGCAACCUAGAAACAUGAUCCACGUUCCGCUCUCAUCGGUACCAGCGCAGUCUUCUGCUGAGUUCACUCCCACCGAACUCGACCGAUUGUUCGGGAUCUUGAUUCCCACCCUACCCGGAUCGCGAUUCUGUUUCGCCAACGGGGUCCUUUGUGACCGAGGUCCCGACCAACACCGACCCAACUUUGCUAUUGAAGGCAACAAUAUCAUUGAUCAACAACCUCUCAGGUUCUUUGCUGUUGACACCACUAGUGAGAGGAAAGUUGCAAUUGCAAUCGACAAGAUGUGGGAGAAAGAAGGCACUUUUGGGAUGUGCGCGCUCAAUGUUGGGCUUGACGUGAUGGAAGCGGUCAGGCAAGAAGUUCUCGAGACAGGGUGUUACAGGGUCGAAUCCUCAGUCGCUCUGGUUCUCCUUCUAUUGGAAAGGUCAUUUGACUGCUGCAUCCCCCCGGCAGCUAAGUGGAUAUCUCUUUUCAAGACUAUCCUCACGAUGCCCGACUUUCCGGUCAAACCUGUGAUCGAACAUACUGAUCUGCUCUCUGGAAAAUGGGAGAGAUGGGUCAGACAGACGGUCCCCGCACGAUACAACAACCUCUGCUACGGAGUCUUCUAUGCUGCUUCGGACAGGCAUCGGGUCAGAGCUCCCAGGGUGAUCUCGACACCUCCUCGGGUCCAAUUGAGGCAGGCAAAAGUCAAAGCGGAACUUACCCGAGCCAUCAACAAAAGCAAGCUCAAAUAGACUUGGAAGGACCUAGACGUUGUCGCCUACCCUGAAAUCCUUUCACUGGAGAUUUCGCUAGAGUUGCCUCUAUCCUUCUUUUCGUUACCUCUUGAAUGUGAAUUUGGUUGAUUCAUGUACUUAAUGGUAUACAGUACCUAGUAGCUAGUAGUAGAAUGCUCGGAAUUCCAUUUUGUGCUUCGGCGAUCGACGACCUGGACCGCGAUACCUUUUCCGGAGCACCUCCGCUGCGCAAGAUCGCACUUUAAUAUUCUGAUAUUGUCGAGCUCCUGGAAUCUUGCUC